AUGAUAGAAGAAGCAGGACGGGGUCCUCCUCACGGCAUCCUAUUUGCAGUAGUAGUAUUACUAGUAGUCUCAGCACCCGUCUUAAUCGGCGACUGGGAAGCCAUUACUGAGUCAAUCUCCGAGUUACUCAGUCCAAUUGGACUCCUUUUACUCCCUAUUAUACUCCUUUUAACUAUUCAGUUUCUUUCUUCAGAUCGAGGCAACUUUUUCACCUCCAUUUUCACCGCCACCGGUGAACCUGACUCUAUCCACCGUGCUAGUGGCUCCCCUUUCGGUGUCGCACUUGUCCUUGUCAUCGUACUCUUCCUUGUCUACAACCGUAUGUCGCUCUUUGGCGGUGACGAUGAUUCCGAUGAUUAA